ACGUGCGCUUCAGUAGUUUUGCUUUCUCCGUAAAUUAUCAAGCAGGAGUAAAAACAUAAAGACUCACGUUGACAGACUGAUAAAUUGAAUGACGUUACUUUUCUGUCAGUAAUCGGGGUAGCAGAUAUGACUGCUGCUCUUUUACUUCUCAUUGCAGUGAACCUCGCUUGUGGAAAUAUGGUCUCUGCAAAAAACACUUUUUCCAUUGACUAUAAGAAUAACUGUUUCCUGAAAGACGGGAAGCCCUUUCAGUACAUAUCAGGUAGUAUCCACUACUCCAGAAUUCCACAGUACUACUGGAAAGACCGCCUUAUGAAGAUGUACAUGUCUGGGCUCAAUGCUGUUCAAGUAUAUGUCCCCUGGAACUUCCAUGAAGCGGUUCAGGGGGUCCAGAACUUUACAGGAGACCAGGAUCUGGAGUAUUUUUUACAUUUGGCAAACCAGACAGGCCUUUUGGUUAUAAUGCGGCCUGGGCCGUACAUCUGUGCUGAGUGGGAGAUGGGUGGAUUACCGGCAUGGUUACUUCAGAAACCAAGCAUCAGACUUCGAACAGCAGACACAGAUUACAUGCAGGCAGUGAGCACCUGGCUUGCUGUACUCCUUCCAAAAAUGAGACCUUGGCUUUAUAUCAAUGGGGGUAACAUCAUUACAGUCCAGGUUGAGAACGAAUAUGGAAGUUACUAUGCUUGUGACUACAACUACAUGCGUCACCUGCGGACUUUGUUCCGCUCCUUCCUGGGUGAGGAUGUAGUGCUGUUCACCACUGAUGGAAACACAGACAAGGAAAUGAUUUGUGGGACUCUGGAGGGACUAUAUGCCACCAUCGAUUUUGGCACAGACACGAGUGUGGCAGAAGCCUUCAAACGGCAGCGACAGUUUGAGCCUCACGGACCUUUGAUUAACUCAGAGUUUUACACGGGCUGGUUGGAUCACUGGGGAGAUCAGCAUGCCAUGGUUGAUGCUCGGAAGGUCAGCAGGGUUCUUGGAGAAAUGCUAACCAUGGGGGCCAACGUCAACAUGUACAUGUUUGAAGGAGGAACUAACUUUGGUUACUGGAAUGGUGCCGAUCAUGACUCCAGGUUUCGCUCAGUCGUCACAAGUUAUGAUUACGACGCCCCGCUGACUGAAGCAGGAGACCCCACAGAGAAGCUGUUGGCCAUCAGAGAUGUUGUUGCGCAGUUUAGAGAGGUUCCAUCUGGGCCCAUACCACCAGCAACCCCCAAAUUUGCUUAUGGAUUUGUCACCCUAAAAAAGGUUGGAAAUGUCAGCAGUUUGUUGGACUUGAUCUCCCCUCUGGGGCCCGUUAAGUCCCAUUAUCCGCUGACAUUUGAAGAGAUGAAACAGUACUAUGGAUACAUGCUGUAUCGGACCGCACUACCCAGGGACCUCAAUGAGCCCACGCCACUUAUAUCUCCACUGAAUGGGGUUCAUGACCGUGCCUAUGUGUCUGUCAAUGGGACUUUUCAGGGCCUUUUGGAGAGAGAUACAACAUUGGUGAUGAACAUCACUGGAAAGCAGGGAGACACAUUGGACGUCCUUGUUGAAAACAUGGGAAGGGUCAACUUUGGCAGCAAGAUCAAUGACCACAAGGGCCUCCUGAGUGACUUGAUCUUGGGAAAAGACAUUCUGACAGACUGGCAGAUCUACCCUUUGGACAUCGAUGGAGCCAUUGUUAGAGGAUGGCCUCAUUCAGUCUAUCAGAAGACGCCCCCCUCCACUCACACAAAAACUGCUGCUGGACCAGCCUUCUAUUAUGGGACCUUACCACCAAAUGGCCUGGCUUGGGACUCCUUUCUCAAGCUGAAAGAAUGGACGAAGGGUCAGGUCUGGAUUAAUGGUGUGAAUUUAGGACGGUACUGGCCAGCUAGGGGCCCCCAGCGGACCCUGUAUGUUCCAGGGCCACUGCUCAGGAACAGCCUGCCCAACAAUAUCACGGUGCUGGAGCUGGAGGGAGCCCCAGCACACCUGCAAGUUCUCUUUAUGGACCGGCCUCAGCUCAGCACCACUGCUGGAAAGUCUUGACAAAAGUUAUGGGCUUCUGCAUCAAAGCACUUGUCUAUAGUAACAUGGAUGAGGUUUGUCCAGAGCAAAGUGUAUUGGGGGGAAAUAUGAGAAGCACAAGAUCUGGCAGAAGACAUGGCAAAAACUGGGAUUACAAGAAUGCCAAAGCUGGAAACUAAAGGACGCCGCACAGGAACCCCUCCCAUCUAAACUUCUGCAGGAUGAUUCAUCAGAGAGCACUCCAGAACAUAAUCAGAAUCGUGUUUUUUCAGCUACAUUUUAGCCCCCUUUUUAAUCAUUUUAUCUCACAGCAUCAUAUUUUGGUAAACUUUAAAUCAAAGCAAAGUUGUACUCUUUUUGAUAAACAACAGCAGUUCACAAGCUGAGAUUUGGUCAAAUGUCGAUUUUUAUUGCUGACUCAGCAUGUGAAAAUACAUUUGAAUCUUUUUUUUUCCUAAACGUAAGAGCACUUUAAUUGUGCCCUCAACAAUUUUAAACUGUCUUUAGAUGAUUUACACAUUUAUUUAAUUAAAUGUUCAUUAAUUUUACUAUCCAGUAAUUUUCCAAGUUACUUUUUGCAACAAAAUUAUAUUAAUUUCUCUCUUUUUUUUUUUUUUUUUAAAACAGUUAAAGUUUUAAGUAAUACAAGUCUGAGCUUGAUGGACUUAUUGAAACCUUUUCGUGAGAAAAGCGUCUGAGGAUAGGUGCCAAGUCUAGGCUGAAGGAACGUUUGCUUUUCGAUGAGCUUGCAGACAUCGCGGACUGCAGAAUGCAAACUCCAAGUAGUGAAAUGGGAUCUUUUCAAGCAAGGAUUCUCCACACGACCAGCACCUCCUGUUUUGGGGGGAAAAAUACGACCAAAAUAAAGAAGAUAAACUGAACCAUACUCUC